AUGGAGGUUGACGAGGAAUGGCAGCCUGCUGGCCGGCAUGGCAAAGGAAAUGUUCAUCAAAAUCCAGCAGAGGUUCUCCGGGGACAAGGCCCCAAACCGGCUGCUACGAGAGGCAGGACGAAAACAAGCUCAGGAAAACAAGAUAAAAUUCGACGCAGCGCAAAAGUUCUUCACCAGAAGUUGAAUUUAACUACGCUAUCACAAGCCAAUGAUUACCCCCGAUUAGCGCGCGAAGAUGGUGCCACCGACUCGUGUCAUGCUGCCACCGAGCACGUAAUCCCGAAUGUACCACAACGGCCCCAAUCAGCAGAUGCCGGUCCUGUAUCGCAAAAAAUCAUAUCAACCAAAGAGAUAAAUAAUGCAAACGACACUGCGCAUUCUUCCUCGAGUGUUACCCUUGCCAUCCACCGCAAACAAGUUACUGACACCAACGGUGAUGCUAUAUCCAAGAAGGGUUGGGACAGAAAACAAGACAUCAGUGACAACACAAGUGACAGAAUUCUUACAGUCCCCACGGAAAAGAUACAAGCAGAGAGUAAAAUCCAGCGUUUGAGACUGUCACUGCCGCGGAAGGUAGAAGUUCGGAAGAAGCGCUCUGCCCAGAAGACAUAUACUCUACACCUGAAGACGGAAGUGGAUUGGAAUGAGGAUUUACGACCAACUGACGAUGAUGACUCGGCGCAUGCGAGAAGUCAUGACGAGGGAAAAUCCGUCUCUAUCCCAGACCCUGACCUCAACGCUGGCGAAGAGGAGAAUUCGACGACUCUCAAGAGAAAAAGAUCGAGAUUGAUCAUCCAAACAAGUUCUGGAAAACGCAAAGGGCCCUCGAAAGGCAAAGCUAACAACCAAGGAAAAAACGACCUGCGGUCUCAGUUGUCUUUGUCUUCACUGGCUGUGGGACCAUCCCAGGGUUUUCACCCAGGGCCACUUGUUUCUGAUUCGAUGAUCAAUAUGAUACCAGGUGCACAGCUUAGAGAAACUGGAGACGAACUUGAAGAUCAACCGCCCGUUAAAAUGCCACAUGAGAAUGGCGAGAAUGACACAGCCACUCAGCAGCAUGAGGUCAUUGAAAUAACGAGCUCCCCAAUUUUAUCUGAACCUGACAGCUUCGACUAUGGCAUUGAUGUGCUCAGAGGACAAACUUACCGUGUGAUCGGAACAAGCAGUGACGGAAGAGGCAAAACUGUCGGUCAAAAGCUAGCAGAUGCCCUUCAAGGCGUACAGCUGCAUUCUCAGCUUCGCCCUGCCAUUGAGACUACUCUGCACCCUAAUCCUAAAGAGAAAAAUGGAGCUAAUCACCAAGAAGUCGAGAGCCCGCUAUCGCGCAUGCAUACUACUGAUGAUUCUGAAAGCCAAGACCAGCAGGUGCCGAGUCAAGCCAUCAAACAGAGACAAGCAACAUUUGGCAAGUGGCAACAAGGUCAACGAUCGACACGACCUUUUCAGCUGACCCCCGCUACAACACUCCCGUCAGAGAUGGCGAAUUUCCAUAACACUAGCGGAGCUGAGGUAUUUGCCAAACGUCAAGGGUCACUGGGUGGCAGUAGCUUUGUCCACAUCAAAAUCGGUAGUGAUGGAGUGAGCGACCACAACCAAACUCGAAAUCCUCUGAACAGAGGCCAUGCACAUGGGUCCCUAGAGCCUGUCAAUGAGAUGGAGAAUUCUAACAAAGGCAUUGAUCAGCUCCCCGGGGCUGUACCGGGACAUGAAACAGAUAGUUCGUCGAAAAACUCACCGGAUUCAGAAAGAAAAGAUUUCUCGGCCACGCUCUAUAGAAGCAAAGACAAUGGGACACAGAAUACGCCUGAUUCACAGAAGCCGCUUCUGAGUCUACAAACACCUUUUCAGACACGGACUUCGAUUUUUGGUGGUUUACCAGCAGCCCCCAAAAGCAGCAUAGUUGAUUCAAAUGGUAGUCCUAGGCUUAUGCCGCAGGCAAAGAAAGUGGCUGAUGAAACUCAAUUCCCACCAAAUGAUGUUCGGGUGCCGAAAAAUGCUGAUAUUCCUGAUACAAGGUCCAGUUCUAGUGACUAUGAUAGAGACUGGAAUGGAUAUUCUCUAGAUAGUUCAGAUGACGAACUGACGUGGUCCAAAUACCAGCGUGACAUGCUCAAGGAGUAUGGCUUCCAAACCAAAUCGACAAAGAAGAGCUCGGCUCAAUCGCGUCUGCCCGAGGAUAAUUCCAGCACUAAUGUCAACCCCAAAGUCCUUCGUCAGCAAAGUCAAGGACAAUCAUCAGUGGAUUCAACCGUUCCAGCCCUCAGUCGACCAGCUGCCUCAAUGAUACUUGGGGGGAAUGCCCAUGAAGUCAAUCAAAGUCAGAAUGUUGAGGCUGGACCGGGUCUCAAACAGAUACCUGUAAAGGAACCGAGGACACACGCGGACCAGCAUACAUUGCCAGUAGCACCAUUGACCACUGGAAUUUCUAAUUUAUUUCAGGGGGCCCGAGAAGCCCAGCAAUUUUCUCAACCAAGUGACUCUAAUCCCCUGGAUUGGAUCUCGGGUCUACAAACUGCACAAAGAAGUGCUCAUGAUUUGCUGUUGGAAACAAACCAACGUUUGUCAAGUCAACUUGCAGCAGAACAGGAGACGAUCGGGCAUGUGCUUGAAAUCUAUCGUCAAGGAUGCAAUCGUAUUCUCGAUGAUCUAUUCCAAGCGCAACAGGUCCGUAUGGAUCUUUACCAGCAGCAAAUGACAGCCGUGAAGGAGCAACACCGACAGGUCUGUCAAGAAUUAUUCUUCAUUGAAAACCCCAAUGUGGGCAACCACAGCCACCUGGAAGACUCUCGCAUUGCUGGCUACAACCCCCUCACCGCACCCAACGUUCUCCAACAUGAAAUUGCCUUGACCGAAAAAUCACGACAGACUGUGCUCCAAGGUCGUGAUGAAGCAGUUGCGAUUGUCCAUGGAAGCGACAAAGAGAGAGAGCGCCUAAUGGUCGUCAUUGGGCCAUGCUCAAUUCACGACCCGGAUAUGGCUUUGGAAUACUGUGAUCGUUUAAUGAAGAUGAAGGAAAAAUACACAGACGAUCUUUUGAUUGUCAUGCGCUCGUACCUGGAGAAGCCUCGCACCACUGUCGGCUGGAAGGGUCUGAUUAACGACCCUGAUAUCGACAACAGCUUCAAGAUUAACAAGGGUCUGCGCACCUCGCGUCAGCUGUUUGUUGAUCUCACAAACAAGGGUAUGCCCAUUGCCAGUGAGAUGCUCGAUACUAUCUCCCCUCAGUUCUUGGCCGAUUGUCUUUCUGUCGGUGCCGUGGGUGCCCGCACCACCGAGUCUCAGGUUCACCGUGAGCUGUCUUCCGGUCUGUCCUUCCCUGUCGGUUUCAAGAACGGCACAGAUGGUUCGCUCGAUGUUGCCGUUGAUGCCAUUGGCUCCGUCAAGCACCCCCACCACUUCCUUUCUGUUACCAAGCCCGGUGUUGUUUCCAUCGUGGGCACCGUUGGUAACCCUGACUGCUUCGUGAUUCUGCGCGGCGGCAAAAAGGGUACCAACUACGAUGCUGCUAGUAUCACUGAUGCUAAGACUAAGCUCGAGGCCAAGGGUCUUGCUCCUCGUCUGAUGGUGGACUGUAGCCACGGCAACUCUGAAAAGAAUCACAAGAACCAGCCCAAGGUUGCUGCUGCGCUGGCGGAACAGAUCGCUGCUGGUGAAACCGCCAUUAUGGGUGUCAUGAUCGAGAGUAAUAUCAACGAGGGUGCCCAGAAGGUUCCCCCAGAGGGCAAGGCUGGACUCAAGUACGGUGUCAGUAUCACCGAUGCCUGCAUUAGUUGGGAAGAUACCGAGUCCGUCUUGGAGGUAUUGGCACAGUCUGUGCGUGCUCGCCGGCAGAAGCUGAAUGGGAAUUAA